AUGAAGAUGCCAGCAACCAAGAAAGCCGAAAGAAAUGCAAAACGCGCGGCAUAUAAUAGAAAAAUGGCUAAACUUGCCAAUAGAAAAUCAGUCAUUGAGGACAACCCAGGUGAUUAUAACGACAGCAUAUACCCUGGCCUCAAUGACUUGAUGGUUGCUGGCUGGAUGUCAGAAGAAGAGGAAACAGAAGAAAAGGACCUUAAUGAUAAUGAAAUCAUUAAGGUCCUUCGUCCAUCGUUCAGAAGUAGAGAGUUCAAUGAACUGAUGGACAAACUUGACUUCGAGUGGAGAAAUCCACUCGAACCUGCUUUGAAGAAAAGAAGAAGCAAUCGUUCUGUCAGGCAAUAUGUCUUGAAAAAUAUACCCUUUCCCAGCCAUCUUAAUAAAGAUGAUUUCCCUGGCUGGGCAUUCAAUUAA